UGAAUAUAUAAGAUGAAGCAGUUGCCAAGGUACAGAAAUGAUAUCAAUACAAGAGAACAAGACAGCCAAAUACAAAGACUUAAAUCACGAACACUUUACACAAACGCAUCUUUUAUCAUUCUAUAUCAACCAACUUCUUACGUUACACAUCUCACAAUGGGUCACUCAAACUCAACACUUCAAUCUCAUCAGCUCUCAGCUGGCGGAAUCGAAAAGGGAAUCCCACCCGUAAUCCGCGUGUCAUACGAAUCAGGCUGGAGGAAAUAUGCCUGCUUCGCUCGCAUGAAGCUUUUCCUCAGUGGCCCCAACGGCGAGCCUAUGUACACACUCAACUUCGUCAAGGGCUUAUACGGCGACAUCAUCCUCCACAGCGGAUCAUCCAUCGACUCACCACCACUGGCUGCUUCUGGUAGGCAGUCAAGCCUUCGCGAUGAUUAUUUGGUCACAUUGCCUUCACUUUCCGGCAAUGGUCCUCAAGAGGAGAUCCUCCGUCGUCCCAAAGGACUGAAGGGACGCUUCUGGUUUGCUAUUCAAGUUGGCCAUGGCCCAGACCAGCACGUAGAGCGUUUCGAAUGGCGACGCUCUCGAGGCGCUGAAGUCAAGAGCGUUGGUCAAUCACGCUGGGGCGGAUACAAGCUCGUCCGUCUCGGCAGCACAAACACCAAAGAGGAGUACUCCUCCAGUGAAGAAGAUCUUCACGAUGGUAGCACCAAUGGAGAGGGCUACACCAGCGACGGCAAGGAGGUUGUUGCUGUUUGGGGAAGCACAAACUGUCUCAAGAGUUUGUCAGGUGUUGGAGAGUUUCAGUUCCGAGGAAGCGGUGCUACAGGCGAGUUGGGCCAGUUGUGGGCGUUGAUGGCUGUCAUGAGCUGCAUGUCGAUCUGGCAGAAGGUCCAGAGAGAUAAUGCUACUGCUGGUGCAUCUUCUUCGUCGGCUGCUUCGGCUUCUGUAGCAGCAUCUGCUUAGUUCAUGCCUCUGCUUGUAUUAUUUGUAUUAUACCUCAUUAGCGAGUGUUUCUUUGGUUCAGAGAGGUCUCAUGAUAUCCAUGUUGCAAUAGUGUCUUUUCCACGAUAGAAAUUAAAGUAUCUGAUAAUUAUUUCACAAACAGUGUUUUAUUAGGAG